ACAGCUGUAGUUGUAUUGUGUGUUGUAAUUAGAUGCUAGAUUGUCAAUUUCAAGAGUUAAAAAUUGAAUAAAGAAUUACAAAAAUUAGUUACUAAUAAUUAAUUAAUUGUGUGAUUAGUUUUUGAUAUAAAUCAAAAGAAAAUGUCGUAUGCAUAUUUGUUUAAAUACAUUAUUAUUGGUGAUACGGGUGUUGGAAAAUCAUGCCUGUUAUUACAAUUUACUGACAAACGAUUUCAACCUGUACAUGAUUUAACCAUCGGUGUUGAAUUCGGUGCACGAAUGAUUACAAUCGAUGGCAAACAAAUCAAACUACAAAUAUGGGAUACCGCUGGUCAAGAAGCAUUUAGAUCAAUUACACGAUCAUAUUAUCGAGGUGCAGCUGGAGCUUUACUUGUUUAUGACAUCACACGAAGGGAAACUUUUAAUCAUCUUACAACGUGGCUGGAAGAUGCCCGGCAGCAUUCAAAUUCGAACAUGGUUAUUAUGUUAAUCGGUAACAAAAGUGAUUUAGAAAGUAGAAGAGAAGUACAAAAAGAAGAAGGUGAAGCAUUCGCUAGAGAACAUAGUUUGGUAUUUAUGGAAACAUCAGCAAAAACAGCAGCAAAUGUUGAGGAAGCAUUUAUAAAUACUGCCAAAGAAAUCUAUGAAAAAAUUCAAGAGGGUGUAUUUGAUAUAAAUAAUGAAGCGAACGGUAUUAAAAUUGGGCCACAACAUUCACCAACAAAUCCAUCACUCCCUGGAGCUGGUGGCCAAGGUGGAGCGCAAGGUGGUGGCUGUUGUUAGGGAGGAAGCCCGUGCCUCUCUUGCCUUUGAGCUGGCUUAUUCAUCUCUAAUUCCAAAAGAGAUGAGACACAACAGUUUUGUUCACCAGAAAUUAUUAUUUUUUUUCGUACAUUGUUGGUUUUUUUUUAAUAUCGUAAAUGUGUAAUUUUUAUUCAUCGUAAAUUAAUUUUUUUUAAUUUAUGUAAUUUUUAUAUUUAAAAAAAAAAGGUUAAGUAAAUUAUUAUAUAAGUAAAAAUGGGUCUCUCGCUUUAAAUUUACAUUCUCUUGGUACCAAGUGAUUUUUUAAAUAAAGUUAAGACGUUGCGUGCUAUUCUAAUAUUGUAUAUGAAUGAUACAAAAGCUAGCCGACUUAACGGUCUCAUGAAAUCAAUAUGGCACUCAACGUAUUAAAUAUCUAAACAAAAAAAUUUAACUUUUAUUUAUUGGAGUAUGAUCUAUCUGUGGCCACAAUAUAAAUAAUUUUUAAGAAAAAAAAAAACAACAACGGGACUACUUCAGUUUAAAAACAAAGAUUUUUACUCCAAGUAUUAGCGUUAAUAAAAAAUAUUUCAUACACUUCCUUUGGUCUUCUAUAGGUUACAUUGUUUUGAUUUUAUACAAGAAAGUAAUUUUUGAUUUUGGUCACAAAUCUGUCAAAAUGUUGUAACCAUAAUACUUUCAAUUAAAAAACAUUUCAAGCGAAACAAAUUAGAACGCCUUUGUUGGUAAAAAAAUGAACUAAAAUAUAUUUAGCAUCUUGGAUUUGAAUGAAAAUUGGAAGUUUACGAAUUCGUACGGCGUGCAAUAUUGUUUUUAACGAAACUUAAUGUCAAGAUAUUACCACUCUGCAUUCGACAAGAGAGAUUGGCAUGAAAUACUUAGGUAAAUCUCACGACAUUAAAGUCAAAAUCUAUCAACAUGACUCUGUAACCUAGAACUCGAGCUGCAUAGCGCAACUUCAAUGGUUAUUUUCGAACAUGAGUUUCUUUUAGAAGUAUCCAACUCAAAAAUUCAAGAAACGUUUAAUACAAAUCAUUGAAUUUUGAAUUCAGAUUGGCUGAAAUGAAUACGUUCCCUGUGAAAAAUAAAGGGACAUUCCUUCGAAAAUUAAACAAUAUUAAAACGAAAUAAGAUAAAUUCUUCCGUUAAGAGUUCGCCAACAAUUUGAGUACUGGUGUUUUAACAAUUACUCCCUGCUCAUUAAGACACGAUGACUCACUCAAGAGCGUUAAACUAAGUCAAUAAGCUAUUUUCAUCGAUUUACUAUUGUUUCGGCGAGUUUUCAAAAAAUAUUCAAGUUAAGAAAAUAAAUAACGUUUAUUAAACAUUGCUUUUUGACAAAGAUAGAAGAUAUGUGAUAUGUCUUUACUUGGAACAGUUUUUUGACAUCUGUCAAAAACAAGAAAGAAUCGGUCUAUUUAUCCUACGUAUAUAGUUCAAUUUUUUAUUGCCUUGGCGCUAUAAUCGAAUCCUUAUUUUGAAAAAGUACCAUAUUUUUCCUAAUUAUUCUUCGUCAUAAAAGCAAACUAUUUUGUAGUCUUACAACCUUACAUAAAUUUUUUACAACUUAAAAACGAUUGUAUAACGAAAAAUAAUAAUUAUCCAAAAAAAACAAGUGAACAAUGCUGUUCUAUUGAACUGAUUGUUUUUCAUUAUGGCAUAUGGGUUGCACGUGGCUCUGGUAACAACCUUUUAAUAUGAUUGGGUGUGUAAACAAUAUUAUCGAAUGUAUAAUAAGUAUAUAUUAAAUAUUGAUAAUAUUUAAAAAAUAAUAAAAAUUCAUUAUAUAUUUACUUUUAUGCCUAUGGUGAAAAAUACAAUAUUCAGAUUAACAUAAUUCUAAUUGAGUCCAAGAUUCCAUUGUGUGAUUGGUUACUAUGUCAAUCAGUUUAAAAAAAAAAUCAAAAUGAAGUUUUAAUAGCUUGAAGGUCCACACUCAUGAAUACAUCUUUUCGGUUGCAUGUAAAAACCAUGAAAAACUGUCUGCAUAGAUUACGGUCGCCUAAGUAAAAGUGAUCGAAAAUAAAGGUUGCCAAUUGUUAAAGGCACAAAAUACAAACGCCGAAAAAUGUGUAAAAAAUGUAUUUUGAUUAAAAAAACAGAUAGACGAAGUAAUCAGUCUUAUCUUGUACUAUAUUUAACAACAAAUUAAAAUAAACAAAUCACCCCUUACACAACACUUAUAUAAAAACAGUUCUAUUAUAUAAUAUAAUUGUAGUUAAACGAUUAAUAAUCGUCGAUUAUGUGAUCUGAUUCUAUAAUUUUUCAUAAUAAAAACAAAUAAAAAAUUGCUUCAAACAGAUAUAUUGAAAUGUUUUUAUUCAGCUUGAUGAAUAUUUUUGAUUUUAAUUAUACUUAAUACACUUAGAAAAUAUAAUCGAAUCUGUUUGAAAAAAUGAAUAAAAUGUUUUAUUUAUUAGGAUUCUACAUUUCUUAAUACAGAGUGGCUAUGGGCUUGAUAUAAAUCCUCACCAGGUUUUGUGGAAGUCGAAAUUUUAGUUCGUGAAUAAUAUUUU